AUGGUUCCAAAAGUUGAAGAUGUUGUUUAUGUGUCACAGUAUAGGCUUAUAGCUUGUUGCAAUGUUUUGUAUAAGCUUAUCUCUAAACUUCUUUGCUCUAGACUAAAAACUGUUUUGCCUGUGUUGAUAAGUGAGAAUCAAAGUGCCUUUGUUGCUGGAAGAUCUAUUUUGGAUAAUAUUUUGGUGUCUCAGGAUAUGUUAAAAAAUUAUAAUAAUAAAAGGAAGGCUCCUCGUUGUACUGUUAAAGUUUAUUUGAGGAAGGCUUACGACUCAGUUCAUUGGUCCUUUAUCAGAGAUAUGAUGAUUGCUUUGAAUUUCCCUCCUCAAUUUGUUGGACAUGGGGAUAAGAAGUCUUUAUCUCUUCUUGUGAGGGCUCUUAAGACCUUUAAGAAGGUUUUGGGACUUGUGGCUAAUUCAGAAAAAACAGUUGUGUAUUGUGGUAGCAUGGAUUCAGUGAAGAAGGAGGAGCUUCUGAGUGGAUACGGUUUUGCUAUUGGCGAUUUUCCUUUUCGACACCUUGGGAUCCCUCUCAAUGCUAAGUAUAUGAGAAGCUCUGAUUUUGAUAGCAUUGUUGAUAAAAUGCUGGCUAGGAUUACCUGUUGGUCGAGUAGGAACUUGUCUUAUGCUGCAAGGACUACCCUUAUAAACUCUGUUCUCAUGAGUCUUCAUUCUUACUGGGCUCAAUGUGUCCUCUUGCCUAAGGGGGUUAUGCAUAGAAUUACUCAGUUGUGUAGAUCCUUUCUAUGGGAUGGAGCUGCUAUGGUAGGGGGAGCCCCUCCUAUUUCUUGGGAUUGGGUGUGUAAGCCUAAAAAGUAUGGUGGGAUAGGAAUGAGGGAUUGUUCUAGAUGGAACAACGCUGCCUUGGGGGAGUAUGUUUGGAAAAUUGCAAAGAAAGAGGAUACAUGUGGGUAA